UCGCGGUCUAGGGUUUUGGCUCCGCCAGGCGGAGGCGGAGGGUGAAUUGGUUGGCGCGCGCAUGGGGAUGGUGCCCAACGGGCUCCUGCCCAAUGCGUCCGCCCGGGUGACACGGCGACUCGAUCCCGAGCGCUGGGCGGUUGCGGAGGGCCGCACGGCGGAGCUGAUCGCACGCAUCCAGCCCAACGCACACUCUGAGGGCCAGAGGCUGGCCGUCUACCACUACGUGCAGCGGCUUAUCAUGAACUGCCUCUCUUGUCAGGUUUUUACCUUUGGUUCAGUACCUCUCAAGACUUACUUACCUGAUGGUGACAUUGAUGUCACUGCUUUUAGUAAUAGUGAAGAAUUAAAGGAGAUUUGGGCAAACCUUGUCCGGGAUGCAUUGGAGCGUGAAAAGAAGAGUGAAAAUGCUGAAUUUCAUGUAAAAGAAGUCCAGUAUAUUCAGGCAGAGGUCAAGAUUAUUAAGUGUCUUGUGGAAAACAUCGUUGUCGACAUCUCAUUCAAUCAAGUCGGUGGACUAUGUACACUUUGUUUUCUUGAAGAUAUCGACAACUUGAUCAGCCGAAAUCAUUUAUUCAAGCAGAGUAUCAUAUUGAUAAAGGCAUGGUGUUUCUACGAGAGUCGUAUUCUUGGAGCUCACCAUGGUCUUAUAUCUACCUACGCAUUGGAGACACUGGUUCUGUACAUAUUUCAUAUAUUCAACAAUUCUUUAACUGGACCUCUUGAGGUUUUGUACCGUUUCUUAGAAUUUUUCAGCAACUUUGAUUGGGAGAAAUUUUGUUUGAGCUUGUGGGGGCCAGUUCCUAUAAGUUCACUUCCAGAUAUGACUGCGGAACCUCCGCGGAAGGAUAGUGGUGAAUGUUUGCUGAACAAGUCCUUCCUGGAUACGUGUAGUUCUGCGUAUGGAGUUAUGCCUCACACCCAGGAUAAUCAGGGUCAACCAUUUGUUUCCAAACACUUCAAUGUUAUUGAUCCUUUACGCACAAACAACAAUCUUGGAAGAAGUGUCAGCAAAGGCAAUUACUUCAGAAUACGCAGUGCUUUUGCUUAUGGGGCGAAAAGGCUUGGAAAGUUACUUGAAUGUCCAAAAGAAGAUUUAAUUGCUGAAUUGGAUCAGUUCUUCACAAAUACAUGGAUAAGACAUGGGAGUGGAAGUCGCCCUGAUGUGCCUAUUGCAAGUCCGGUCGAUGUGCAGCCUCUGAAAGUUGUUCCUUCUGUAUUGUCAAACAGUCACAGAAGUGUAACAGCAUUUAAGAAAAAAGUUGAAAAUCCUAAGCUUCUUGCUAAUCAGGAUAAUCUUCAUGUGGAUCAAGCUAAUCUUACUGAAGUUUUUCAUGGUUAUCCUUCUUCUCAGACAAUUCAGAAAAGUGACCUACAUUGUCGUAAUCUGCCAAGAACAGUUAAUCCUUCUGUUUCUCAUUCUCAGUACCAAAAGGUGAAUGUAGCACAAGGAAAUGCCAAGGUCUCUGAACAGCUUGAAAGAAAUCACUCCGCUGGAUUGAUGCAAGCUGAAAGGGAUAAGAGAGUGCCAAAUGGUCUCUUUGUCAAUGACAGGAAUGGGCAAAACAGGUCUAGAUUUGCAAGAACCCGAUCUAGCCCUGAACUGACAGAUUCUUCUGCUGAAGGAUUUCGUGGUAGGGGGGCAAAUGUGGUUGGUAUGGAAAAACCUUUGAAGGUUGAUUACAGCAGCAGAAGAAAUAUCAUGGUUCCAGAAGUGUCCAGCAACCACAGCACCAAGUCUUCACAGGAUGAAUCAAUGUCUUCCUUGAACUCAUCUCACCCUAGUGCAAAGGCAGUCUCUGACUCAAAUAGCGUUUCCAGCAGCUAUCGUGAAGAUAAUGGUUUUGUGAUGAAUGAAGAACUUCCUACUGUCUCUGAAUCAUCGGAUAUGCGCCAUGACGAACAAGUUCUGGUUCAUUUAAUGGAAUCCAUGAAGUUGCAUGGAUUCAAUGGACAGAUUCAAUUGCCAAUGCAAAUACCUUCUCAUCUGUCUGUAACAAAUUCCCAUUUACUGGCUCUAGCAGGUUUUUCACAAAAGCAUCUGGCUGCGGUUCCACCAGCUAACUUAAUUGGGGCACCAUGGUUUCCCAAUAUGCAGUUCCUCCGUGGAUUUGCCCAAUAUGCUACACCCUGGUACAUGCUGAUACAAUAG